UUGCUUCGUAGUUCAAGCUUAAGGGAAUAUUUGUUGACUAAAGUUAACCAAAACACUUUUAUGGAAUAAUUGGUGGCACGUCAUACUAAAAUAAUUAACAGUGGAUUUUCAGAAGAAUAUUUACUUCAAAUCAUUAUUUAUCGAUUGGAGAUUGCUUAACGCAAACAGUUUUAAGAGGAAGGGAAAAUGCCGACGUUGCCAUUUCGAGCGGAAGGUGUACGACCACAAAGCGAAACUAAUAAGGAUAAAAUCAAUAAAGAAAUCCCAACACAAGAUCUCAAACAAGUUAUAGGAGAUACAGUUACGAAUUGGGCAUUGUCAAAUAAUAUAUGUGAUUCUAAUACGACACGUAUUACAAUAGAUAAAGAGGAAUUGGAAAUACUCAAGAGUAGUUUAAUUCAGAAUGCAUAUGCAAUAUUUGACAAGGCGAUUGAAACGUUAAGGAAACCCUCAUCUAAGUUAUUAAGACAACCUACAACAGGAGGUAAGGAGUUGGAAAUAACAAAGAAAACUUUGAUUGAGGAUGCAUUUCGACUUGACCAAGUAUUUGGGCAAUUAAGGACACCUUCAUCUGACGAUUGUAGCCCAACGUUAAGACAGCCCGCAAAACAAGCCCAAAGAACAGAAGUUGUUGUCGUUCGAAAAUCAGCCGUUGACUUCGGCGUUUACGACUACACGAGAACUCGCAUAAACCGAAUUCAUCAGCAUUUUUGGGAGAAGACAGAACCAACCGCUUUAUGCUCCAACGAAUUACUUCUUAUCACCGCUGCUAAUGAUUGUGGACUGGUAAAUAACUUGGCUUCUGCACAGAAAUGCACGAAGGAAGACGAAGUCGAAGCCUUAGAGAAUGUACAAGUUGGAUCAGAGCAGGUUGUGGUUUUAAUUGGGAAUGAUCAGGAAGAUACACGACAGAGUUGCAAAUUAAUCCUUGCACAGUCACCAAGAGCAUCCGUUUGCUUACUGACAACUGACAAAAAGAAAUUACACAUUGGGCUGGGCAAAGAAAGCAUAGAAGUCACAAAAUACGGAAUAGAGCUGCAUGUUGGUUGUGAUCUAUGGCCAGAUCAAAUUCCAAGAUGGAUUGAUGACCUACUGGAAUAUUACGCGUUUGAACAGCUUGCGAGGGUUGCGAAGCACUUUAUCAAAGCUAAAGAAGCAUCGAAACUGGAUAUCGGAGAAAUUCAAGCUCUUUACAAGAAGUCCCAAGUGCCAAUGCCGAAUUGGUUGCAACCAAUGAGUCAGGAAUUAUCCGAGACUGAACAGAAGUUGUCUGCCUUGCCGCACAUUCUGCAAUAUGACAUCUCAAAAGAACCGUUGACGAUUAAGAUGCUUAGUGAAAACGAAUCAAAACAGAAUGACGUAAUUAAAGGUCUGGAGCAGAUAGGAUAUUCGGAGGGAGAAUACACAAUUCAGCUGGUAGAGAUCAAGCCACUAGGAUCAGACAACUUCAAGAGUGGUGACGGUAUACAGGUUCGGGGAUCGGAUAGGAAAGGGACACUUGGAGCUUUUGCAAAGUUGGAAACGAAGAAAUCAAAUGAGUCGCGAAUAGUUGCAGUUACCUCUAAACACAUCCUGCAUGUUUCCGAUACAGAGAACAAGGAAAUUAUAGCCAACAACGCAGUAUUAGGUAAUUUGAUGGAAGACACAGAAGAAGCUCAAGUGUUCAAAGAUAUGGCCAUAGCGCAUGUAACCGCCUCUAGCGCAAAAUGCGACACAUCAUUUCGCAACAGAAAUGGCCAGCGCGGUAUUGCUGAAAUAUGCGAAUCAAGCCAAAUAGAACUGCAACACGAAUUAGUACAUCUAUGGAGCCAACGGCAAUCCCCAGCAACAGCAAAGGUAUCAAGCUCAAAGGCCGGAAGAUCGUAUAAAGAUGAUUAUUAUUUCAUUGAAACGGAAAGCACGAAUGAAAUCACGCACCCUAUACCUGGUGAUAGUGGUGCAAUGGUAUUGAUAGAAAGACAUCCGCGUCAAUCCAAACAUAUGUAUGCAAUCGGUACGUUAGUUGGUGAAAUCUUGCCCAAAGAGAAGGCAGACGAAUCAACCGAUUCAGAAAAAGAGAAACAUCUGACAAACGAACAUCGAAUGGUGCCACAAAAGGAAUUUCUUGUAACGUCACUGAAAAGGGGAUUUGAUCAUUUUUCAAACCAACACGAUGGCAGUCUGACGCUUUUUGCGGAUCCAGACUUUGAUCAAGGAGAUCUCUGAAGCAUUUAUUGAAUAUCCGGUGGAUUUAUCCGUUUGAGCAUGGGCUAUUAAAAUCACUUCGAUAAGAUGACACCCCCUGUUAACUAACUGAAUGCUUUCCCGAAAAUUGUGAUUCGUUGAAAGAAAAUCAUUUAUCAUAACACAAUGCUGAAAACGGAUUCUCAUUGCAACAUGGUUUCAUAUUUUAAUGUUAUUAUUAACAAGGUGAUUUUAUAUCGACCGUAGUCAAUUGUCGAGUAGUUGUACUGAAAUUGUCCUAGUAUCACGUGAAAUACGAAACUCAUUUGAUCGCGUAUAUGUUUGUUUAUGUGUACGCAGAUGAUGUGAUUCUAAGAUUUGGUAUGUGCAUGGCGUAAAUUUGUUUAUCCUGUGACUUGCAUUCAAAUCGGUGCAAUAAGAAGGUGCCGUGUACAUUUGAGUUUAUUAGAAAAUAGACCACAUGAUGUCUAUUUACAGUCAGGGGAUCAUGUGACCGCAAACAGAACUUCUCUAAAAGAGAUAAAACACUUUAAAGGAAAAUCGGCCAGAAAAUCUUAUUCUUGUAGAAAAUUCAUAAGCGCUUACCCCACCCGCAAAUGCUGAAUAAUAUGCACCAUUCAAAGAAUUCCUUUCUGUGGUGAAUGACAAAAUCAAACAACAUAAAUGAAUUAUCUCCUUACCGGUGCAGUUCUAAGGAUCCAUCAUUGUGUUUUUUAAUAUCAAAAUGAAUUCAAUCCAUCGAACAAGUGGCGAUAGUUUGCAAACACGUGAUGUUGAACCAUGACCUGUGUAGAAUAUGCCUUGCGGAAUAAUUGUUAUAUAAAAAGAUAAUUUUUGGUGACUGAUUCAAGUUUUAGUCUUUUAAAUGCCUUUUAUGUUUGGAUUAAAAUGCAAUUACUUUGACUAUAUACGUAUUGGGAAAAAAAACGAACAGUUGGGGGCGCAUUUAAACAUACCGAGUGUGCCGACAUCAACAGGUAAAAACAGUGGUUCCCCUUAUUUUUGUAUUGAAAUCACUUUUCUACCAAUAAGCUUUUAAUCCCAUACAUUUCUUAUGAAGCAAAUGAAUUUUAAAGUAUGUAUAUAAGCUUUUACUCAACUUUUGAUACUUAUCAAACUGAUUUAAAGACAAAAAUGAUCUAAUGAGGUUUUAAAGUGAUGACAUAUUAUUUGUAAAAAUAAUUAUAUACAUAUAUAUUUAGUACAAAUAGCUGUUUAAUUGUUGAUAGCCUCAUUCAAUUAACUGGAGUAAAAUUAAAAUCGGUCAAUGCCUACUGUCUAAAUUUGUGACAUAAAUUAUCCACACUUCUGUACAAGAGAGACCCUGUCAAUUCAUCAACGUAAAUCGUAUAAUAUACUUAUAAGAAGGAAAUGUGUAUUGGAAGGUAUUCAGAUCAAAUCCAGUACAACUAGUUGUUAUGCACAUACUCUAUUUUCAUAAACAAUGCGCGAUAUCUAAAUAUUGUAGGAAACCUCAGAAUAUGCUCACACUGUGCCAAAACAUACCAUUGGAGAUAAAUAUAAUAACCAUUGACCAUAUCAUAAAAAAUGUCAGAUCGACUGUUGAAUCUUAGGUUUAUUAUUGACAAUCAAAUUUGUUGGAUAUGGAUACAUUUAUUAACCAUUAACACUUAUAAGAAACAAGUUAAACUUGUAAUAUUAUCAUGUUUAAAUUCGAUUAAAUUCCUUUGUUUUGUCUUGUUCUGUACAAGAGUUUGUAUUAUUUCAAUUUGCAUUUAAUGAAGAUUCUAUUUUUCGAAGACGGCAUCACUAAAACGUCUUUUAUCAUUUUCAAUAACCAAGUGAAUUCAUUUUAGGAAAGUGCUCGAGUUUGAUAACAUAUCUGUAUAGGACAUUAAAUGUAUAUGGCACUAUCUGCGCGCGUUGAGGUGCGGAGUUAUAACGCGAUAUAUAUAUGGACACGAACGAUUGCAGAUAUAUUCAUAUGCAUUUAGACAGAUUUAGCAUAUACGAGAAAAGGAGAAAGUUAUUAUGUCGCCUUUAAGAACGUAAAGGAUCGAAAUUAAUGCCGAUGUAUUAUAAAAACAACAGCAUAUCACUUUGCAUUAGAUUGUAUCUUUACGUUAACCUUUUACCCGCUUACUCUUGUAGUGUCAUGUUUUUGUUUAUUUGUAAGUUAUACAUGCAUAGAUUGUGCCAUUUUUAAAUAUCUUAAUAAACUAUUGAUACGAUA